CGAACGUAGUGCGCAGGUCUGCCUGGGAGAGCGCGCGCCCAGCCUUGCGCCCGGCCCAGGAAACCCGGGGUGGCCAGGCGGGUGUUGUCUAGGUUCUUGAGGUGAUGCCCCUGGAGGCGGGGGGCCGGGAAGAGGCCGAGGCGGGCAUCGAAGAGUACGGCCCUGAAGAGUACGGUCGGGAGGAGUCGGACACCGAGGAGUCCGGCCCUGAAGAGCCCGACCCGGAGGAGUUGGACGCCGAGCCGGAGAUGGAGGCCGGGCGGCUGCGGCCGGUGCUGCGCUCGGUGAACUCGCGCGAGCCGUCCCAGGUCAUUUUCUGCAACCGCAGCCCGCGCGUCGUGCUGCCCGUGUGGCUCAACUUCGACGGCGAGCCGCAGCCCUACCCGACGCUGCCGCCGGGCACGGGCCGCCGCAUCCACAGCUAUCGAGGUCACCUUUGGCUCUUCAGAGAUGCAGGGACUUAUGAUGGGCUUCUGGUUAACCAAACUGAAUUAUUUGUGCCAUCCCUCAAUAUUGAUGGACAGCCUAUUUUUGCCAACAUUACACUGCCAGUGUAUACCCUGAAAGAGCGAUGCCUCCAGGUUGUCCGAAGCCUAGUUAAGCCUGAGAAUUACAGGAGACUGGACAUUGUCAGAUCACUCUAUGAAGAUCUGGAAGACCACCCAAAUGUGCAGAAGGACCUGGAGCGGCUGACACAGGAGCACAUUGAAAGUCAACAGGAUCUGGUGACACUUUGCACCCGGCUGGAGGAGAGACUGAAACUCUACAACUUCUGGCAAGUUAUUCUUAACAUAGUGGGUUCAUGGAGUAAUCUGGAAUGUUUUUAUAGUUUUAUGAAUGUACUUAAUUCAUUAACUCAAAUUCAGUACUUCUAUCAGACUUACUUUUUUGUAACUAAUAGUUUUUUUCUUUAAAAAUCCCCCUAGUAGAGAAAAAUUUAGAAGAAAAGUAAGAGAGAAAAAAGAUCCCUGUAGAUACACUGCUUAAAUACAGCCAUUAUUAACAUUUUGAAGUAUUUCCUUUCGGCCUUUUUUUAGGGCACACUUUGGUUGGUUUGUAUUUACAUAGUUGAGGUCAUAGUGUAUGAAGGUACUUCAGAAAGUUCAUGGAAAAAUAGAAUUAAAAGAUAAUGCAAAUCUUUCCAUGAACUUUUUGAAGUACCCUCAGAUAUAUAUACAGUUUUUUGUCUUACUUUUUCAUUUAACUUUAUAACUUAAAUAUUUUUCCAUGUUAUUAUAAGCUCUUUAUAAACAUUAAUAUAGUUUCUAUGAUUAAUGUUUGGGGUAUCUCUUGUUAUCUUCAGUUCCUUACCUUAACCUUUGGGUACAGUUCCUGUUGUCUAAAAUCAGAAUGAAUUGAGGGAAACUAACACGUCACAGUUUUCUCACUACCCUUUAAGUUUCACCAAAUCUUAGUCCCCCUUUUCAACACUCAGCAAAUAAACUGACUUUUUCUUUUUUUUUUUAGCAUGAUGUAGUAGUGCUCAUUCAAUGACACACCUCUAAAUAUUUAUUUUUGUUGAAAUGUUGGGUAGGGAAGAAGAAAUGUUGAGGGAGAGUGUUCCAUGUGCUGGUUUAGAAGGCAGCUGUGAGAGUUCCAGAGUGUGAGAGGGUAGGGGAUUUAGGGAAGUCUGGUUCUGGAGUAGUUCGACAUUGGUUUUAUUUUUUUUAACCUGUCUCUGUGUCAAAAUGAAAUUUCACGUUCCUUUUGUUAAAACAUGCAGUUUGAGUACUGUGUUUUUUGUGUUGUCCGGGGAAGAUUGAAAACCUGUAGCAUGAAUAAUGUGUUUUUUUCUUCUGAAACCCUGUGAAUGUAUUAAAUGUAUUGCUCUUAAGAGACUGUGGUUUACCGUUUUGAAUUUAAAAAGCGGUUCUUUAAUACAUUAAAUGGUGAUAAGAAAAGGACAUAGGAUGUGUUGUGGUGUUAUCUUAGUUUUGAGAGUUUUGAAAGCUGUGUUUGCUUGGAGGCUUAGGGUAGGGAGGGGAUAGCAAACACAACUAGCUUCAUUCUGA